AUGUCUGCUCAAUCUUUUUCCUCUGACAACAGGCCUCCCUCUCCUUGCUCCGCUGCGAGUCCGCUCAAUUCAUCAGUGCCAUUUAUCCCCAUAUCUAUGCUCGCUCCUCGAACAACAGACAGUGACACUCCUCAACCUAUUUUAAUGUCUACUGUUGCAAUGACCACGCCUCCUCCAACGCUCGGUCUUCGCGGUGAAUACAACCCAGAACUUCGCAACCGCAAUGAAUGGGCUAGGCUGGCUGCAACCCUCACUGCUCUGGGAACAAUGAAAGAAGCUUCGACGGGGCCCCCGAAAAAAGACUUCAGUUCUCUGUGGGCUGCUCGAGAUGCCGAUUUUAGCUUCGAGCUUGUCUACCAGAACCGAACUCUGUCAACUUUUGAUGUCCUCCAUCAGAUACACUCCAUCAAGCUCAAUGCGCUAUUGUUGACUCCUAGUCAGCUGAACGUAACUACGAGACAUCAUACUGCGACUGCAAUCCAGAAGUUUACUGAAGCUAACAAGAGCUCAUUGGGGGUGAUUGUGUACUUAAUGGAUGCGAGCUCGUCGGGUAACGAACAGAUCGAGGCAGUGCAGUCUCUCGGCGCACUACACCACGGCCUUUCGUUGGGCUUCGCAGAACCGCCCCCCGUCCUUGUUGUGUCUGAUGCUUCCUACCUUCUGGAUUGCAUAGGCGCUUACAUGAAGAGUGUCUCUCGGGCAAACCCUAUUCCAGCCAACACCCCUGGAGAUAAACCAUUGUGGUCUAAAUCGCCUACGCCUGCGCCUACAUCGUUUCCACCUACCUCGUUUCCGCCUACCUCGUUUCCGCCUACAUCCUUUCCGCCUUCAAAAAUUUCGUUUUCAGCCCAGGACAAAAAGUGA